AUUCAGUCUGCGCAGGCGAAUUCGUCAGUCGGUAAAAUGGCGUCGGGGGCCAUUUCCAAGGCGUUAAGAAAAAUAUCAGAAUUAAGGGUCGUUGACCUUAAAUCUGAACUCAAACGAAGGUCUUUGGACACGUCUGGUAUUAAAAGUGUGCUUGUCGCCAGGCUAAAACAGGCUAUUGAAAAAGAAGAUGGAGACACUGGUAGUGUGGAAAUACAGCUUCCUGUAAGCACACCUACCCGUAAAAGUGGAAAAGGCAAAGGAAGGAGAAUGGAUUCAGACUUAGACACUACCACAGAAGAGGAUAUGCCUUCUAAGGAAAUGGAGUGUGAAUCGGAGAAAGAUAUAGCUGAUACAGAUGAUGGUACACAAGGAAAAUGUAAGCCUGCGCUCUGCGAGGACAUCACUCAGACUGAGGCUGAGAUGACGGCUGAGGUCGAACCAGACACAGAAGCUGAGGUGGGUCCCGAGCCUGAGAUGGAUGCUGAAAUAGAUGCCAAGCCAGAGGGGGUCGCAGAUGCUGAACAAGAGGCCAACGCAGAUGGCGAGCCACAGGUUGACGUCAAGGUUGAGGCUGAAGGAGAAGCUGAGCCUGACCUCGACGCUGAGCCCGAUGGAGAGGCUGAGCCUGACCUCGACGCCGAGCCCGAUCAAGAGGCUAAGCCUGACCUCGACGCCGAGCCCGAUCAAGAGGCUGAGCCUGACCUCGACACCGAGCCCGAUCAAGAGGCUGAACCCGAUCUCGACGGCGAGCCCGACCUCGAUGCCGAUCCUGGUCGAGAGGCUGAGCCCGACCUUGAUGCUAAAGCUAAUUUCAUCUUCAAUGAUCUCGAAGCUGAGCUUGACGGAGAGGCUUACUUCGACUUGGAGCCUGAGAUAGAGUCUGAAGACGAGAUGGCCAUUGAUGCUUUGGAUUCCCCUAAAGAAGCCGAGGAAGAUCACCUAUCUGUGUCGAUCCAAAAUGAAGACGCCAUCAUCACCUUGGAGAUUGAUGGUGAUGAUCUUCUUGAACCAGGUAAACAUGUGAAACUUCCAGAUUCAGAGACCGACAAGGGCAUCGAUGGGCCUGAGGCCUCUGCCGAGAUGAGCCCAGAUGAUAUGAAGAUUGAAGAAAAAGAUGAUAAAGAUCAUGAUGGUUCGUGGGACGAGCACUCAAAGGACGACAGAGGGGCCACAAAGAAAGCUGAAACUGGGGAGAAAGACAAGGAUUCUGGAAAGAAAGGCCCCUCUACGGGGGUUUCAGGUCAAGCAAAGAGCUCUUCACGAGAGAGAGAUGGAAAAGAUGCAAAAGGUGAACACGUUGUUGGCGGCAGCAGCGGUAUCAACAGUAGCUCUUACAACCUUUGGGUGAGCGGACUAUCCUUUAACACCAAAGCAGCAGAUCUGAAAAACCUGUUUGGAAAAUAUGGCAAGGUUUUAAGUGCCAAGGUGCUAACAAAUGCUCGCAGCCCUGGUUCAAAGUGUUAUGGCUUGGUGACGAUGUCUUCCAGUGCAGAGGUGACACGGUGCAUCUCUCAGCUGGAUUGCACUGAGCUCGAUGGACAGCAGAUAUAUGUUGAAGGCGUCAAAAAUUAUCCCUUUAAAAAGGAAUCUUCAAAGACUGAUAUGGAUGACAAAGCAAGUAGCAGCAAGUCAAGUGAAAAGCGCAGUUUGACAGGGUCAAAGCCUUCCAUCAAAUCACAACCCCCUCACAAAAAUGACAAAUCAGUGGAAAAGGACAAAGAUUCUUCAAAAGCUGCAAAGGGUGGCAAAAAUGAUUGCGGUUCUACUAGUUCAGGCCAAGGUCCUUCAAAGAGAGAUGACCGAGGACGUGGACGGGCAAAGAGCUCUGGUGAUAUGGUGGAGGAAGAUCCAAACAAAGGAAAGUCAAAUAUUGUGAAAACAAGACCUUUCAAAAAAACAAGGUAUUUUGAGAAGCCUUUUAACAUGAAUGAUCAUAGACGCUCUAAAUGGUUCAUUCCUCCUGAAGAGUUGGAAAUGGUUAAAGGGAAACAGCGGCAAUUUGCCAAUAAGAUGGAAGACUUUCUUCCUUUUGAGAAGAUAAUGGAGCAGAAAAUGCGAAACCGAAGAAUCACAGAGAUUCGCAGGCACCGUGAAAUUGCGGAACAGAUGCGCCGUCAACGGGAGUGUGAAGAGCGAGAGAACAUCAUCCGCGAGCGCCAGAGACUGGAGAUGGAAAGACAAAAACUGGAGAGGGAGCGCUUUGAGAGAGAAAAGCUUGAAAGGGAAAGAAUCCGCAUAGAGCAUGAGAGGCGUAAAGAGGCAGAACAAAUGGCCCGCGAACAGGAGCUCAGACGACAGGAGCACAUCCGCUUUGAGCUAGAGAAGAGAAAUCUCAAAAGAGGCCGUGAUAUUGAACAUGGCCGGAGGGACAAUGCAUUCUGGAAUGGCAACAAGAAGAUCCAAUCUAAUGCCACAGUUGGUCGUCCAAACCAAGGCCCCAACAUCAACCGGCAGCAGAAUCGCUUCUCCAACUUCAACCCCCGUGAGAAGAGUCGAUUCCCGCAAGCUGCCGUGGAGCAGCCCAACACGUAUGACAGGCGUAACCGGUUUGAAGGCGAGCCAGAAGCAAAGAAGAGCCGCCACUCUCCUCAGACAACGGGCGCCGCCUUUGAGCGUUACCCCAAGAAUUUUGAAGUGGUUCGCAGGGCCAAUCCACCUCAUUCCCGCACUGAACUACGCGACACAGACCGCAGGGAUCGAGACGAGAGACGGCCUGUUCAGAUGCAGGAUCGGCAAAUGGUAGCCAGAAUGUCCAGCAACAUGUCACACCCCCGGUCCCCAAGGGAUGCAGGUCACAGCUGGAAGAAUGAAUCCAGCAUGAAUGCCAACAAGGGAGAUUUACGUGGGCCCAUGCGGAUGCGUCCACAGCGCUCAGGGAGAGACGGUCCGGGUCCCGCACUGAGAGGAGGUUCCUCAGCCAGCCGAGGGAGAGGUUCUUUCAAUGAACGUGAUGUAGGGAGGCCAAUGGGAAUGAAUGAGUCUUUUAACUCAGGCCGCCAGGUGGUGGUGGUAGAGCGUCACAGCAGAGAGCAGGCCAUGAGGAAGGACUGGAACGCAGGCUCAGCUUCCCAACGAGGAGGCUUCUCUAACAGCCGCAGGAUGGCCAACAGCCGAGGCAGCAUGAUGUCUCCACCUUCUGGUCACUCUGGAAUCAAUCGGAUCGUACAAAUCACCAGCAACUCCAUUCCAAGCGGUGGUAACUCUGGCGUAUAUAAAUCCUUCAAGGGAAGUCGCCCGUUCUGAUGUCGACCAAAUGCUGCCACUUGAAAAGCUAUAAAAAUUGAGGUCUUUUCCAAGCUUUUUAUUUUUUAGAAUAGCAAAUAACAUUUAGGUGGCAACACCAUGAUCUACUAUUUUGUUUCUUUUUAGACUUUGUCUGCUAUUGUUGCUGUCUGACCAAGUGUUCAAUAGCUUCCUGUGCAAGUUCUUUGUAUUUCCAAGUUUUCAACUGGUUCAUUUCCCCUGCAGUUGAUAUUUGUCAUAUUUGUUAAAUAUAUUUUUCUUAACCUAAUGAUGUUUACUUUGACAGUCAUGUAGCUCAUUAAGGAAUAUUUGUACAAACACAUGGCAUUGAAAGCUGUAAUAUAGUUGGCAUGCAUAACUUUCAUAGUUAUUUGUGCAUCCGAACAAUAAAUCCUGUGUUGCCAUAGAA